AUGGCUGACUGGUUUGCCAAUCGAAACUCAACUAUAGAACCUACCAAAUCAUCGACAGUGGAUGAAAUCCCCUUUCUUUCCCGACGAUCUCCCGUAGUUUGCAAAAAUGGUUGCGUGGCUUCCAGUCAACCCCUAGCAUCGAAUAUUGGAGUCGAUAUUCUCAAACAGGGUGGAAAUGCCGCCGAUGCCUCCAUUGCGGUAGCCGCGACUCUGUGUGUAACGGAACCAUGCUCGACUGGAUUGGGAGGAGACAUGUUUUGUCUGUACUACAGCAGUCAAACCAAAAAAGUAACGGCCACAAAUGGAAGUGGAUUCAGUCCAGCGGCCUUGAAUUUGGACGUUUUGAAAAAAGCAUUUCCAGAUGGAAAAGGUGGGAUCAAUGACGAAGCUUUUCGACUAUCGGCCAUGGCUGUAACUGUGCCAGGAGCUGCGAGAGGAUACGAAGACUUGUUACUAAAGCAUGGAUCAGGAAAGUUCACUCUGGCACAAUUGUUAGAACCAGCCGCCAAGCUAGCCGAACAAGGAUUCCCUGUUGGACCGGUCACGUCGCAUCACUGGAGGGCUGGAAUUGCUCAAAUCAAAAAGUGGAUCCCUGACGGAGAACGGGUACCUUUGACAAUUGACGGAGAAAAUGGUCCCAAACCGGGAGAACUCAUUCAAAAUCCUGAUUAUGCCAAGGUGUUGCGAGAGUUGGGUUCCAAAGGAGCUACCGAUGGCUUUUAUAAUGGAGCCACGGGCAAGGCCAUUGUGGAGGUAGUACAGAAACAUGGAGGAAAUAUGACCAUGGAAGAUUUGGCAUUCCAAACGACUUCCUUCCCCGAGCCAUGCAGUGCUAAAUUCCGAGAUAUAGAGUUGUGGCAGGUUCCACCCAAUGGGCAGGGAAUUGCUGGUUUGAUUGCCUUGAAGGGAUUAGCGCAUUUGGAAGACCUGGAAAAGGUUAAGCUUAGUCCCGAGACAAUUGGAACUGCUGAUGCCUACCACCCCAUGAUUGAAAUGAUGCGAUUGGGAUUUGCUGACGGACGAGCUCAUGUGGCUGACGAACGCUUCAUGACUGUUACCGUGGAUCAAUUGUUGGAUGACAAGCGCAUUCAAGAGCGAGCGGAAAAGCUAUUCGAUCCCAAAAAUGCCGUCAUUGCAGGAACACCAAUUGCCUCUAGUUGUACUGUCAGCUUCCAAGUGGUGGAUAAGGAGGGAAACGCGAUUAGUUUUGUCAAUUCCAACUAUAUGGGCUUCGGAACAGGAAUCGUACCACAAGGAUGUGGCUUUACUUUGCAAAAUAGAGGUUUUGGAUUCACCUUGGAAGAGGGCCAUCCAAAUGUCGUGGCCCCUCGUAAACGGCCAUAUCACACCAUUAUUCCUGGAAUGAUUACCUAUUCCGACACGAAUGAGCUUCAUUCGACAAUUUCCAACAUGGGAGGAAACAUGCAGCCACAAGGACAUUUGCAGUUAACUAUAGAUAUGGUAGCCGGUGGAUUAGAUCCUCAAGCCGCUAUUGACAUGUCACGAUUCUGUAUUGCAGAUGGUACAAAGGAUGGUAUGGUGCAAAUUGAAGGCGGCGUGGAUGAAAAGGAAAUUGUCAAGCUGAAGGCCAUGGGGCACAAGUUGCAAGACAAAGUUGUAGGACACGCAAGAGCUACAUUCGGCAGAGCACAGAUUAUCAAGCGAGAUCGAACCAAUGGUGUAUUGUGGGCUGGAUCAGAUGGUCGAGCUGACGGUUGUGCCAUUGGCUACUAG